CCGUGAGCCUGGGCGUGGGGCUCGGGGCGCGGCGGGAAGCGACGCAAGUUGAUGGGGGGGCCGGAGCGGCCCGGAGCCGGGUGCGCCUCGGCGGAAGGGGUCUGGGACGCCGCUCGGACACGCGCGGGGUGCGGGCACGCGGGCACGGCGCCGCGUCCCCCGGGAACGGAGGUGGCGGCGCGGAGCCCCGUUGGUGGCACGGCGGCCGCGCACGCAGCCUCGCCGGGGACGGGAGCCGGGACGGCGGCCCCGUUCGGCUCCUGGCGGGACCGCUCCGGGCGCACCACGAGGUCGGUGCCCGCCGCCGCGCCCUCUCCCUGACUGCCCGGGCGCACGGACGGGUCGCGGGCGGGGGUCGGGGCGGGGGCAGCCGAGCGGCUCACCGCUGGUGGAACAUUAAAGCGAGCCGGGGCUGGGGAAGGUGAUCGGAUGCCUGGUGAAUGAGUCACCGCGCUCCUCCCGCCGGUCCCCUUCCUGCCCGAGUUGACCGGCGGAGCUCGGCGCAGGGGCGGCGGAGUGUGACCGCGUCCUUGGGGCAGCCGAGGGGCGACGGCGCUGCCCCGGUGCCCCACGCACCGCCCGCGGCCGCCGCUGCUGGGACAAAACGCCCCCCGGGCCGCUAUCGGCCGGAGCGAGGCCCGCCAGGUCCCCCGCGCCGUCCCCUUCCCAGGGAGAGGAGAAAACCUGCGGGGCGGUGACAGCACGGAGGGGACGAAACAGGCGCGAGGCUGUGCCCCGGUCUGCCGCGGGCAGCAGCGGGAACAGAGGAUGUGGGGUGGGGCGGACGGGGACACGGGGCUGCCCCGCAGCGCUUCCAUCGCCCUCACCGGGUGACAGCCCCGGGACACGACGAACUGUGGUGAGGGGCGAAGGCGAGCCGGGGAGAAAGCCUGAGCGGAUCAGGGUGGUGGGGCUGCUGUGGAGGGCGUCCGUGCACUGGCGUGGAGGAUUCCCUGUGGGAGCCGUCCCCAGCCCCUGCAGAGGGGAUUCUGCCGCCGCCCACCCCGGCCUGCACUCUGCACUCAGGGCAUCUGCGAGGCCUUGGGAAGGCUCCAGGGCCACAGCCUCAGGCAGGAAGCAGCCCCACUCCGUGGCAGAGUAGGGCAGCCUUUCCCCACGGCGCCCUGCCGGGGGGGGGGAGGGGGGGGGCGCAUCCCGACUCCUUCCCCGGCCUCUGCCUGUCCUCUCUUUUUGGGCAGGGGGGAAAGCCAAAACGGGAUUUCCCUCCCCCCAGGAUCCUGCUGUAAUCUGCGCUUCUCUCCCUGCUCACUGAGCACCGCAGCACUGGCCCGACUUGGCCGACCUGCGUUUGAACUUUCAGAGAAAACAAGUCAUUACCGAGGAGAAGCCGCAUCUCUGUGAGGCCUAAUUUCGGAGGGUUUUUUUUCAGGGCCUUUAUCUCUCCUAUCUGCUGUGCAGCCAUGGGGCUAAAUUACCCGGAAAGUCAGGCUCGGGCGGGUUUAGCUUUCAGGAACGCAGCUCACAGCGGGCACUUCCUUGAGGCCGUGAGCACAGAGCUGUGUGCAGGAGCAUGGCCCGGAGGCCCUGGGCAGCCUCCUGGAGGCCCGCGACCAGCUGACGCUCUGCCCCUCAUGCAGGUGAGAACCCUGUUUGUCAGCGGCCUUCCCCUGGACAUCAAGCCCCGCGAGCUCUACCUGCUCUUCAGGCCCUUCAAGGGCUACGAGGGGUCGCUUAUCAAGCUCACCUCCAAGCAGCCCGUGGGGUUCGUGAGCUUUGACAGCCGCUCAGAGGCUGAGGCUGCCAAGAAUGCACUGAACGGCAUCCGCUUUGACCCUGAGAUCCCCCAGACGCUGCGGCUGGAAUUUGCCAAGGCCAACACCAAGAUGGCCAAGAGCAAGCUGGUGGGCACUCCCAACCCCAGCGCACCCCUCCCCAACACCGUACCUCAGUUCAUCGCCAGGGAGCCCUAUGAUCUCACAGUGCCUGCACUUUACCCCAGCAGCCCUGAAGUGUGGGGGCCGUACCCUCUGUACCCAGCGGAGCUGGCGCCUGCUCUACCUCCUCCUGCGUUCACAUACCCUGCUUCGCUGCAUGCCCAGAUGCGCUGGCUCCCUCCCUCCGAGGCUGGGUCUCAGGGCUGGAAGUCCCGUCAGUUCUGCUGAAUGCUGUGUCUCAGGUGUGUGAUGGCGGCCGACGGUCAGUCUUGUGGGUAUGAACAGAGCCCCCCGGCGGCUGCUGGGCACGCACGCUCUCCACAGAACCACAGUGUGCUGGCUAGGAAGAAACCUCACACAAGUCUGGAUUCCUCCAAGACUUUCCCACAGCCUCUAUCACACAUCUGUUCUCCUAGAAGAAAGUGAGAAGCAUACCCAGUAUAUUUCCCUCUUUUACACUGUAUAUUUGUAAGAAAGAGCGUGUUACUGAUGAAAGCAUGGUUUGACAGGCACUGCUGUAGCGUUUGAAAAGUAUUUUCAAACACCCCUAGGAAAGCAGACUGCAAAAAAAAAAAAAAAAAAGCAAAGCGAGAG